AGUCGAUCAAAGAAGUUCAUCAACAAUGAAGAACCAACACCCAGAACAUGUCAUCGGUAUCCCGGUCAGCUCAUCAGCAUACCCGGUUGAGGGUUCAGGAAAAGGAUAUUUCCUUGAACCUCCUACACGACACCAGACUCCCUCUCCUCCCGAUCAAGGAGAUUCAGUGACUGAUAGGAUGAACAAGCUUGGGAAGAAGGCUGACAGUUUUGUAAAUGGAGUUCGAGAACAUGUGAGAUUAGCACCAAACAUCUCUGAAACUGUGAAGGGAAAGUUGAGCUUAGGGGCUAGAAUUCUUCAAGUAGGCGGAGUGGAGAAAAUUUUCAAGCGACUUUUUCGGGUUAGAGAAGGAGAAAAGCUAUUGAAGGCUUCCCAAUGCUACUUAUCAACAACAGCAGGCCCCAUAGCAGGCCUGCUCUUCAUCUCCACGGACAAGAUUGCCUUCUGCAGUGAGAGAGCAAUCAAAUUCUCUUCUGCAAAUGGGGAAUUGGUUAGAAUUCACUAUAAGGUCCUGAUUCCACUAAGAAAGAUAAAGAUAGCCAACCAGAGUGAGAACACGAAAAAACCAUCACAGAAGUACAUAGAAAUAGUCACUACAGAUAAUUUUGAGUUCUGGUUCAUGGGAUUCUUGAACUAUCAGAAAGCAUUCAAGUAUCUUCAACAGGCACUCUCUCAAGCUUAAAACCCACAUAUAAAAGUAAUUCAAGCAGAAGUUGUUUCUCUCCCUCUGCUUCACGUGAUGUAUUACAUGAUAUGAACAAAGCCCAGCACAGUAAAAUACUUUGUAUAAACUUUUUGUGAAUGAGAAAUUGAUCUCCAUAGUCUUUUGUUCUACUCA